AUGGUACCAUAAUUCAGCAACAAUAACUUUCAGGCACCCUCUCAUCUUGGAUUUAAUUUCUAAUAACCACUUCUUCAAUCGGUGAUUAAUUACAAUAUGCCAGGAAAUUUGUCGACUUUACCACCAAAACUAUAACCGAACUACUAUCCAUUAAUUUAAGCAAAGCAAUUACCCUUAAACUAGUUUUAACCGAAAAUAAUAUUCCAUUAGACUCAAAGUUAAUCUAAAAUUGAGGAUAAUCGACUUAAUGAUACAUAGUUUAUCAUGGGAUAAAGCAGCGUCGCUUGCACCUAAAAUAAUAUGACAAGUUUGAGCUGUAUGAAAGACAUAUCUAUUAAUGAAAAAUAAAAAGAUGAGAAAAACAAUUUUGUUGAUAUAUCAGCAAACAACAGUACUCUAUCCAGUGACGAUACAGUAGAGUCAAACAUAAAAAAGAGGCUAGGGUUGUCACUAACUUGCCAAAUCAUAUUUGAAGAUGGUCAUGAUGUUGACUUAGCUUAACUUCAAAAUCUUCACAUUCCUUCGAUAAAAACGUUCAAAUAUGUGAAAUUCUAUAAAGAACACAGUAAAAGGUGGAUUUAAAUAUUUCUGUGCGAAUUCUAAAACUGUCAGAAGUCCUUUAAGAAAUGGCACAAUCUCUUCGAUCAUUUAAGAUCUCAUACUCAAGAGAAGCCCUUCAUUUGCCCAGUUGAUGGUUGCAGCUAGCCAUUUACCUAGAGAAGUAACCUCAACAAACAUAUGAAAAUUCAUAAAAAUAAAUGCUACCUUAAAUGUUCGGAAUGCAAAAAGUUCUUCACGAAAUCAAAACUUAUGACACAUUUCCUUGGUCAUCAAGGUAUUUGUGAGGAAGAGAGCUGUGGAUUAGAUGAAGAUGAUUACACCAUAAAUCGACUUGAAAUAGAAUAGAAUAUAUAAGUUAAGUUAAAUGAGGGAUCUCAAUCGAAUCAAGAAUAGUAAUAAAAUUGA